AUGGCUGUCGGUAAGAACAAGAGAUUGUCUAAAGGAAAGAAAGGUUUAAAAAAGAAGGUCGUUGACCCAUUCACCAGAAAAGACUGGUUUGACAUCAAAGCUCCAACCACCUUUGAAAACAGAAACGUUGGUAAAACUUUAAUCAACAGAUCUACCGGUUUGAAGAACGCCGCUGAUGGCUUAAAAGGUAGAGUCUUUGAAGUUUGUUUAGCUGACUUGCAAGGUUCUGAAGACCACUCUUACAGAAAAAUCAAAUUGAGAGUUGACGAAGUCCAAGGUAAAAACUUGUUGACCAACUUCCACGGUUUGGAUUUCACUUCCGACAAAUUAAGAUCUUUGGUCAGAAAAUGGCAAUCUUUGGUUGAAGCUAACGUUACUGUUAAGACUGCUGAUGACUACGUUUUGAGAGUUUUCGCUAUUGCUUUCACCAAGAGACAAGCUAACCAAAUUAAGAAAACCACUUACGCUCAAUCUUCUAAAUUGAGAGAAGUUAGAAAGAAGAUGAUUGAAAUUAUGCAAAGAGAAGUUUCCAACUGUACUUUGGCUCAAUUAACCUCCAAAUUGAUUCCAGAAGUCAUUGGCCGUGAAAUUGAAAAAUCCACUCAAACUAUCUUCCCAUUACAAAACGUCCACAUCAGAAAAGUUAAAUUGUUGAAACAACCAAAAUUCGACUUGGGUUCAUUAUUGGCUUUACACGGUGAAGGUUCCACUGAAGAAAAAGGUAAAAAAGUUUCUUCUGGUUUCAAGGAUGUCGUCUUAGAAUCUGUUUAA